AUGUACCCAGCCCGUUACAAGUCUUGGUUUCCCGUGGACUCUCAAGAAUCAGACUCGCAAAGCAGUUAUGCUUCUCAACCCAUUGACUUUGAUCAGUUUUCAUACCAGUUUGAUCCUUCUCAAUUCCCGCACAAUGAUCUGAGCCUCAGUCCGAUUGAUAUUAAUGCGUAUUCUCUUGAUGAUGUAGCGCCAGCAGCUUCCAUCAACUCUAAUACCCCCAUUCUGUUUUCUCAUGCACUGCCAUUACCCAUUGGUCAAACAGGAACACGAUCCGAAGCACCCAACACUGCGGCUAUACCUUUUUCUGAUGAUUCUGACACUUUGGCUCUUGAUUCCGUCACAUUACUCAAAUCAAACAUGCCUGCUGAUCUUAUGUGUCUAUUUUCAGCAAAUCUUAUCAAUAGGCGUGCUGGAACCCACCGGUGGGAAGUUGAGUGUCCAGACUGCAAAGCCUGGAUCAAGACCACCCUUCCAACCCAGAUUCUUAGUGAUCUAGGUGCUCUAGGGUAUUUCAAUACUCUCAGCGAUCACCGGCAGGGUAAAAAGUGUUUGAAGGGCCUCAAUCAAGCAGAUUCAUCGCCAUCACUGAGCACAGCCAGCUCCACCUCGAGUAUUUCACCUCAUUUUACUCCAUCCGAAACAUCACAUGCAACGGACGUAAAUGUGUGCCCUGGGGUUCCGAUACAUUGGCCUGUUCUGGGCCCUUCAUUUCUUGAAACCUUUCCUGUUGGUUGA